UACGUCCGCUGUUUCUUCUCAUCAAGAGGUGUGUCGAACGAAAAUGCCACUAACUGGCUGCCUUCAACAAUCGGUGUGCUCGAAGCAUGCCACGUUGAAGGUGGACGAAUCUCACACGAAGUGAGGCACUGUUCGAGUGUAUUGUCGACUCCCAGAAGGGAAACUGUUUGA